GCCAAAGAGCCCAAGGAUGUGCCACCACUCAAGAUCAAAGCUCCUACCCCAAUGCCUGCCAAGGGCCUUCUACACCCAAGGCAGCCCCCACGCCAAAGACGCCAGCUGCCACUCCCAAGAUGCCUGAGGAGAAGAAGUCACCAGGAAGCAAAAAAGUCCGGGAAAAGAAGGAAAAGAAGGAGAAGAAGGCAAAGGAGCCCAAGUCAGCAGGACCAGCCAUGCCUAGUGGAGCUGGCCCUAGUUCCAUGCCUGCCAGCAGCCUGGACGUGGCCCUCAAUCCUCAGGUGCCAGCCGUGCCACCCCCUAUUAUGUCGCCUCCCAUAGACACACCCAAGAGUAGCAAGAAGCAAGAGCAGAGCACAGGACUUCUCACAGAGACUGUUGGGCCUAUUGGGCAUUUUGUGGAUGACCAAGGGAAUGAGUUUGGAUUUGUCCAACAUGUGGCAAGCAGGACGAUGGUUCCCCCAUGAUUGGAUGUGACACCUGUAAUGACUGGUAU